GGGAAGAGGAUAGAGGCAGUCGCAAAGGGGGGAUGAUAGUGGCGGCGUUGAUGGUGAUAUGCGAGGAGAAGAAAUGCGAAAGGAGGCUUCAUUGGCGAGCAGCGCAUAAACGCAGCGAAACAGGCGACCAGAAUCGACCGGUAAACGAUAAACGUUGCAUGGCUAUGUGCUAGCAGAGAUCGUUAAAAGCUGGUAUCUGCGUUUAAAGGUGACCUGUUACACGCAUACAGACAUACGUGCACGUUGAAAGUGUGCGGUCAAACUGCAAGACUCGGAGGAAAUAAAAACAAACGUGAAAUAAACGAGAAAACUGGCAGAAAAAUAAAAAUCGGGUAUAGGAGGUGAAUAGAAAAGACAGAGAGAGGGAGAGAGGGAAAAAGAGAGAGAGAGAGAGAGAUAGGGAUAACAAGGGAUGUGAAAGCACCGUGAAAGGGAUCUUGCGAAGAUACUUUUUUCACGGCACGAGGAUGGCCGUGACGUCGAUGAAAGGAGAUCGUAUUAACCGGAGGGUGGUUCAGUAAGCACGACACCUACGUAGCCAAGAAGACGACGCCUACGUACAGCGCAAACACGCCGAGAACGCAUCGUAACCGACAGUUUUUAUGCAAAUCAAUAAUUCGAGUACGACGCAGCAAUAAAGCUUUGCCUUUAUUUCCUAGAAAUAUCGAACGUUGUUGUUGCCGAAUAACAGUGACGACAAGGGCGACGUCGCGUCGCGUCGACGGCAGCGAGCGCCCGACACUCGAUAACGAGUUUCUAUCGUGGUAGAAGCGUUCGGCAGACGUCGGCUGAGUGUGGAGGAAAGCGUAAGAGUGCCUUUGGUCGCUUGCACCGUUGAUUCGCCUUUCGCGUGCCAAUAAUCGCUGCUGCGUACGUGUUUCGUGAGGCACGUAAAAGAAGUUGGUCACGUCGAAUUCGCUGGUGCAUAAUGUGCAACGUUUCUGAGAAAGGGUCGAAGACAAUGAGGCGAAUUCACUUGGAAAGUAUUUCGCGACGCAGAAGGUGGUCUCUGCGAUUCGGCCUUUUCCUCGUGUAUAUAUUAGUCCAGUACGUCACUUGUGCAAAAAUACCUGAAGAGGUAACGUCUCCUUAUCCCAGUUCCACGGACCGCGAAGAAAACUGGACGUUAGAUUCUACCUCGGAAUCGUUCACGCCCGAGACAGAGGCCAGCGUCGAACCAAAACCGAAAGCAAAGGAAGAGGCUGUUUCGGAGAAAGAAAAGAACGAAAGGACCGAACCGAAGAACGAAAAGAACAGAACGGAAGAAAAGAACGAGGGCCAGCAGAAACAUGGAAAGAAGACACCGGAAGAAGAAAAAUCGAAGCUCGGUGAACAUUCGAAGGAACGGAACGCCGCUUCGACAGAGAAAGCUUCUCCAGCAGAGAAAACUGCUCCGAAAAAGGAAGUGGCGACAGCGAAUGUCCCUGGAACCACAACGGUUCCAACAACGACCACUAUGAAGUACGAACAUGCAACGUGGAGACCGCGAAGGAAAGAUUGCUCGCCACCUGCGAUCGAACAAUUUCCACGACCAUUAAUGGGUCCCUCGGCUAGAAAACACGGUGGAUUGAUCAUUCAUAUUUUAGUUGCAAUUUACACCUUCCUGGGCCUUGCCAUUGUUUGCGACGAUUACUUCGUCUCCAGUUUGGAUCGAAUUUGCGAAGAACUGCGAUUGUCUCCGGACGUUGCUGGAGCGACUUUUAUGGCUGCCGGUUCUUCAGCUCCGGAAUUGGCAACCGUGGUGAUCGGUGUGUUCUUUGCCAAGGAUGAUAUCGGAGUAAGCGGUGUAAUCGGAAGUGCGGUGUUCAAUAUAAUGUUCGUGAUAUCGGUAUGUGGACUGUGUACGUCGACAGUGUCAAAGUUGAAUUGGUGGCCCCUCUGCCGGGAUUGUUUUUUCUACGCUGUAUCGAUUCUGGUGAUGCUGGGUACAAUUUACAACGAAUCGAUAUCUUGGAUGGAAUCUCUGUUCAUGUUGUUCAUGUACGGCGUGUACUGCGUCGCUUUAUCUUACAACGCUAGACUGGAACGUUGGGCGAAAUCUUACAAUAUACCUUUUCUACCAAAAGACGACGAACCCGCGGAGGAGAGCGCUCUUGUUAGUUAUAGAUCGUUACAAGAGGACCGCUUGUCUUACACAGGGCCGAGUUCGCCUACGGAUCAAUAUAAAAAGCAGGAAGGUGUAACUGCAGGAGCAGUGGCAGGAGGAAACGUUCCUGAAACGAACGAAUCGGCACCACCGAAACAACCGAGCUAUUACAAAGCGAAAGAACCAGAUCCGAACGAGGUAUCGCCGUUAGAGAAGCCCACCGACGGUAGCAAAUGGUCUCUGUUCACCUGGGGUCUCGUCUAUCCGAUUCAUUUCAUGUGCCGCGCCACAAUGCCGGAUUGCCGACAAGACAAAUUUAGGAAUUGGUAUCCCUUUACCUUCUGCGUGUCGAUGGUUUGGAUCAGUUUCUACAGUUACUUCAUGGUGUGGAUGAUUACGAUUAUAGGUAGCACUCUUGGCAUACCAGACACGGUGAUGGGUUUGACGUUCGUCGCUGCCGGUGUCAGUGUGCCCGACGCGCUCUCGUCGUUAGCCGUGAUAAAAGAAGGCCUUGGCGACAUGGCCGUGAGCAACGCUGUCGGCAGUAACGUCUUUGAUAUACUUGUUUGCCUCGGGCUUCCAUGGUUUAUACAAACUGCGAUGAUACAACCCGGCUCGCACGUGAACGUCACUAGUCGAGGUCUGACGUACUCGACGGUGUCUCUGCUGUCAACGGUGGUGUUCUUAGUCCUGGCGACCCAUUUGAACGGCUGGAAGCUGGAUCGACGGUACGGAGCGAUAUUGAUGGUUUGGUACUUGGUAUUCAUCACAUUUGCCUCGCUCUACGAACUAAAUGUCUUUGGUGAAAUGAAUCCUCCGGUUUGCUUCAGCGCAUUUUAAACGAACGCCACUUAAUCGUAUACAGACUGACGAGGAAAAUGAAAUAUAAUGGAAAAAGUGGAAAAGGAGGAGCAGUGAAAGCGAGGGAGGGAGAGAGAGAGAGAGAGAGAGAGAGAGAGAGAGAGAAAGAGUGCGUGUGUAAGCAACCGACUGAAUGCUCGAUGAAAAUGUUCUCGUCGAACUCGAUCUCAUUGCAUCGUGUAAGUAUCAGGCUGCUAAAGCACGAUGGAAGAUAGUUCGAAAACUCUUUUAUAAUAUUUUCGUUUCAUUCUUCCAUCCUCCGUCUCGUUUCUUCUCGUUCCUUUUCGUUCUUCUUCUUCUUCUUCUUUCUUUUCCGUUUCCCCUUCUUCUUCUUCUCUUCUUCUUCCUUCUUCUUCUCUUAUCUUAGCUUCCAGCCCUAUUCUAAUUUCUACGUGAAUUGAAAUUUCAAGCAAAAGUGAGGAAGAAUGGCAGAGGAAUGAGAAAAAAGGUGACAAGAUUCCAGCUCGCACUGGAAUUAAAGAAUAUAUUUCAAAUGCGCUCGUCUUAAGAUCUAUUUGUACAAUAACGCGUUAGAUGAUUUGUAGCGUCACCUCUCGAGCACAAAUUCGAGUUCUAUUCUCACGUCGCGUGAAUUUUCCUUCCAUCGAAACAUCGACGAUUCUCGGUGUUUCACUUUGCUUCCACUUGUUAUUCGUACGAUAUCGAUCGAGCUUUCUUUCGGAAGCAAAUGGAAAACGCAACGAAAACAAGCUCUAUCGUUGUUCGUAAGUUUGGGGUCAGUCAAACGGACAAUACACUCAUCAGUAUUAAAACGCAAACGACGACGUUGUUAAGUAUUAUGCAAUCUAGAAUCGGUAGCGGAAUAGAACUGGUGGAUCGAUCGUAUUAACUCGUCGCGCUUACUUUCGAAUCGUAGACGCGCGAGACGCCACAGUCCGAAGACUCUAGACAGUCGUUUUCGUUAAUCGAAUAUCGUUUUUAUCUUUCGUGCCUCUUUGCUCUUUCAAACCUACUCUGUUUCCUCGUUCGACUCUUACUGCUCUACUUGUCGUACUUCCACCGAAAUUUCUAAUCGAAAGCUGCUGCACUUUCGCUUCUUUCUUACGUUUUUAAACGUUUCUCGCAAUCGGCAUCCAGUCAAUUUCUUCUUGUACGAUGAUUCGUCCGUCCGUGCGUUCGUUGGUUCGUUAAUUCGUUGAUUCAUAUUGCCGUUUUUCUUCCUCGACAAGCGAUAUAGUGCACACGCGAGAAUAAUUAUUUUGCUAUCGAGAUAAUCGUUCCCUUCUUCUUAUCGCGCACAUAUACGUUUUCUAUGCAAGUAUACGCGUGUAUGCGUGUGCGUACGUCAGUGUUUUCAAACGGUUCUAUCCGCGGAAAAGUUAAUUUUCCAACAACCUAACGUUUUUUGAUAGAUAUUUUCUAAUCAGAGCGUCGAUAACAGCGAAUUUAGCGUAUCGAUAGAUGAAAAAUGUUGCGAAAGAAUUUACUUCGAUAUUUCUUUCCCUCUCUUGAACGAUCGUUUGCCUGUGGCCUAACGCGUUUUUUCGAAAUCACGAAAGUACCUUUUAAUCCGUCUUUUACGAAAUAUCUCUCUGUUCGCGUGUAACUGCGGGUCGAGCCGCUACUACGAAGCGCUUUAUCGAUCAGAGAAGUAGAAUCAACGUUUAAUAGUCAGACGCGAUGCAGCGGCAGCCGAGAAGCUUGCUUUCUUCCAGAGGAAAUCGAUAAACGUCGGCCAAACUAGCCACGUCCGAAUCGAGAUUUACGACGCACCGUUGUUUUCCUCGCUGACGAUCGACACCAUUCGUCCUCACUAUCUACCGGUCUUUUUAUCGACCUUUUUACCGACAGGCUUGUUACGUGCUCUCAAAUACGUUGUUUCUGGCGCGUUCCUUUCCGCACUAUUAUCUCUGUUUUUCUUUCACUUUCUAACGUCCUGAACGAAUAUGAAACGACGAAAGACGAUGCAACCAGUCGCGAAGUUCGAGUUUAUCGGACGAAUUAGACCGUGGGCGAGGGAGAGGCGAGCGCUUUCAACGAGUCGAGCGAAUGAUCGAACGCCGUUCGCGUACUCGCGUAAAAGUACGAUUGCUUGCAAAGGAGAAAUUAAAAGCUUCGUUUCGGACAAAUCGUACGCAUCGAUCAAAGGGAUUACGUAGGACCCACGUGGAUCAGUGGAGGCGAGUCAAAAGGUAGAAACGAAGUUGACGGAAGAAGGUGAAAGAGAUAGAAGGGUACACUUUCGACGAGUACGAGACGAGAUAACAAAAGAGACAAUAAUUAAUGCAGCCUUAUCCGAUGAAAGUAUCUACAACGUUACUCUGCGCGAUCCUUGAGAUCAGCGUGUAAAAGGAUAGCGUUCGGUAUUCUUCCGUUUUCCCAUACCUUUCGAUCUGUCUGUUGCCUGGCCAUUUUGCAAAGACGAUCGAUCAACGUUUCUAGACUAUUACACGUACGAUAUUCUAUGUAGUCGCUAAGCGGAAAGCGGGCCGGCGGUGAAUUCCAAACAAAGAGCAAACCGCGAUCCGCCAACAGCCUAAGUAUUUAUUGUAUUUGUCUGUCUACGUUGAUCAGCGCUUCUUCGUACAUCGUGCAUCGUACAUCGUACCGUAUGCGUGCAUUCGCCUGUUCCAAAAGCAAAUACAAUGCAAACGUAAUUCGUAAUGUGUCACGAGCACAGUUGCGUUUGAAUCGGUACUCGGUCCGAUGACAGAUCGCAAAGAUCGCGCAGGCGUUUUAACGUAAACCGAACGCGUGUGUUAUAUGCAUGCGUGCUCCAUUACGUAAGUACAUGUACGUAUACACACGUACAUAUAUCGUAUGCGUGCGUAUAUAGAUAUGUACGAUUACGCAUUAUACAUAUAUAGCUGUAGCAAUACAUACAUCUACAAACUGUAUAUUACGCACUGUAUAUGUAUAUGUAUAUGCACAGUACGUAGUAUACAUAAAGAAAAGUAUAUACGAUACGUACGAAAGCUUAGAUUUAUAUGAUUAUCGAACGUUCUACGUGUUUGUUCACUACCAUUAUUUGUUAUAUUGUUAGCGCUUCAGGCGGAUACACGUUGAUAUUAACUAUUAGCGAUAUCGUCAGAUAUAUAGUAUGCUCGCUCGUUCGCUCGAUCGAUCGAUCGAAUUGAACUCAAAUUACACCUCCAUAUAGAGUAUAUAUACAUUCGUGUGCGUGCGUGUAAUUCAACUUCAACGAAGCCAACCGCGGCAUUUAACGAGCGUUCGAUCGAUCGAUGCGAAGCAAGAGACGGUGCGUUCCGACGCAUACGAAUACGCGUUGGAAACGCGUUCAAUUGGUCGAAGCGUAAUUAUCGGAUGC